CUGUUUCGAGUAUCGAUAUUGAAACCAUUCCCUCGGGUCCCUGCUUUCGCAAGUGGAUUCUCAAGCUCCAGACCUUUCGGCGCGGGUCUCUGUCUCAUAAUACGAACGCCGACGCCCUGUGUUUUUCGGUGUAUAGCCGGGAAAUAGCAUGCUAGUAGACUCGAUGGUGGGUCAAGAGUUGGGCAGUAGCCCCAAAGUUGAGGAUCUCGCAAGCAUCAGUGAGAUCCCUGCGGAUAUGUCCACGUCGAAAGACACUGCGAAGAAAGCCGAUAGCGCCAACGGUCAGGCCAAUGCCAACGCCAAUAUACCGCCUCCCAAGACCGACAAGCCACGCCCGCAUGGUUGCACGACAUGCGGUCGGUCCUUUGCUCGGCUUGAACAUCUGAAACGCCAUGAACGGUCACAUACCAAGGAAAAACCAUUUGAGUGCCCGGAUUGUGCUCGCUGCUUUGCUCGGCGCGAUCUGCUGCUGAGACAUCAGCAAAAGCUGCACAUGACCACGACUCCGUCGUCGCGCCCUAGAAAUGCUCGUAGAGAAAGCACCGGCGGCGCAGGUACAGGAGCCAACCGCGUUCGCAAGAAUUCCAUUGUCAGCAACAACGCCGCCAGCACAAUGCGGCCCCGGGCCAAUACCAUUAGCCAUAUAGACGCUGCUUCCCUAGGCAUUGCGAAUGCCACUAACCCACCCCCGUCGGCUCCCGGCCAUGCUUAUCAUCCCAGCCUGGGGUCGGCGCCGCUGGGGUCCAGCCUGGACUAUCGCGGAUUCAGCAGCAACCACGCUCCGGUGAACGGGCUGGCGAAGCUCGAAACGCAGGGGUUGCCCAUGGACCUUUCUGGCGGUCUUCGCACCGCCCCCGUUGGCCACUUCGAUGUAAACUUUAGCGAUAUGUUCAUGGGCCAUGGCACGACGAUUAACCCGGCCCAGCUACACUUCGGUGGUUCGCCGCAGGCCUAUGGAAAUGACUCCCCGUCCUCCCCAUACGCGCAGGCGGCUCAUGCCAUGCCGACCAGCGCCGACCCGAUGAUGGAGGACGACUUUGGAUUCGAGUGGAUGAACGGAUUUGACCCCUCGAUGCCGAUGAGCAAAGGUAAUGAAUCGGCACUAGACGGGUCGUCUCCCUCAGCCAUGAGCACGGGUAGCCAGAGCGGUAUCAGUGAGGCGAUGAUGGACGGAUCCAAUCGAUUUUCCAUCUCCACGGCCAGCUGGCACAACCCUUUCCCAGCGCACACGGGGCCGCCCAACCAAUUCUCCGUUGAUUACACCUCGCCCGCCUUUAACGAUCUAGGAAUCCCGCCGGAAACCGUCUCUCCCAAGUCCUUGAUGGCGCAAAACCCGUUUGCUGAAACCUAUGCCACCCCUCCAUCCAUGACGUCGGUGGGCCAGCCCAUUCUGGGUGGACAUUCGCAGAGUAUGUUAUCAUCCUCUAUGGCAACAAACGGAGAAUCUCCUAAUCCUCUCAACCUGCCUUUCGCGAAUAGUGCCUUACGAACUCACCAUUCCGCAACCUCAACGGAUACCUUUACAGACUCCACACGACAGGCUCUAUUAGCCAGCAUGGCCACCCCCUCCGCUUUUAGUCACCGCAAGUACUCCCAGCCCGCCAGCGGCAUGAUCCAUUGCCGCGACCUCUUUUCCCGUCCUAGUUUCAACAGCGCUUCCGGUCAACUGCCCAGCACCUCCGACAUGCAGCGUUACAUCUCCGCCUACAUCACCUACUUCCACCCUCAUAUGCCCUUUCUCCACAUCCCAACCCUCAACUUCCAGGCUCCCGAAUACACGAACAACCUUCGCACCCCCAGUGGCCAUCUGAACCUCAGCUCCACCGGUGUCGCCGGAGGUGGCGGCUGCCUGAUUCUCUCCAUGGCAGCCAUCGGUGCCCUCUACGAAUUCGACACGGCUGCCUCCAAGGACCUUUUCGAGGCCGCGAAAAAGAUGAUCCAGCUGUAUCUGGAGGAACGCCGGAAAGCCGACAUGUCCGCCGCUCUGGGCCGUGGUCACGCCGGACGUGACAACUCUGUCCACAACACGCCCCUCUGGUUGGUGCAGGCCAUGCUCCUCAAUGUCAUCUACGGUCACACCUGCGGGGACAAGACCUCGGCCGACAUUGCCAGCACGCACUGCGCGGCGUUGGUAAGUCUCGCGCGCGCGGCUGACCUGACCCAUCACCUGGACCCCAAGGAUCUUCCUCAAGAAUAUCUGAAUACCGCCGUCGGUGCCGGGUCUGGGAUGAUGGAUUCCGAAGGAUGGGGCUCAUCACCGUUCGGGCCACCCCAAGAACGAAAGGACUGGCUCGAUUGGAAGGUUGUGGAAGAACGAAAACGUACUCUCUAUGCCAUUUUCUCGCUCUCGUGCUUCCUGGUUUCCGCGUACAACCAUGCACCGGCUCUCACCAACUCCGAAAUCCGCCUGGAUUUGCCAUGUGAAGAGGACGUCUGGGCCGCCGAAUCACCGCAGGCGUGGAGGAAAAUUGGCGGUCAUCUCGCACCGAAAAGCACCACAUCCUUUUCCUCGGCGCUGACGACUCUCCUGACCGCCAGUCAUCGAGAGCAGGUCCAGUCGAGCUCUCCAGGCAAUCCCACCACUAGUGACGAGGCUGUAAAUAGCGAAUUGAAGCUUAGCACUUUUGGUUGCCUCGUUCUUAUCUAUGCGCUCCAUAACUACAUCUGGGAAACCCGGCAGCGUCAUAUGGGCCGACAGUGGACGGCAAGGGAGACCGAUGCCAUGCAAGGACACAUUGAGCCCGCCUUAAGGGCAUGGCAGACCGCGUGGGCCAACAACCCCCUCCACAGUCUAGAGCGACCCAACCCUUAUGGGGCGGGUCCGCUUUCCGCCGACAGCAUUCCCCUUCUGGACCUUGCCUACGUGCGGUUGUUCGUGAACCUCGGCCGAUGCAAAGAGGCUUUCUGGCAGAGGGAUUGGAACGCGAUGUCAGAUGAGCUUGCACGGGGCACGGAAAUCGUGCAUCACGCCGAGGACGUGCCUUGUGACAUUUUGGACCCGUCCAUGACCGAUGUCACUCAGCAACCUGGCAUUCGCCGUGAUUCGGUGGCCGAUCUGGGGGUAGGAGACCUUACCAUUUCGAGAACCCCAACCCGGGAGAAUCCCACGGAGACUUUGAUGGGCGUGUAUCGGCCCGGCCAGUCCAAACGAGAGCGACAUCUACGGAAAGCUGCAUUCUACGCAGCAGACUCCAUAUCCAUGUCUGAUCGACUUGGGAACACCUUUGCCGAAUUCACGUGCAGGGAGCUGCCAAUCCAGUGUGCCAUGUGCGCCUUUGACUGUGCCCAGGUCCUGGCGGAAUGGAUUACGACGGUGCAGGAGCGCGUCGGUCCUUAUUUGGGGGUUCUAGGCCGAGACAACGUUGAUCUGGUACAGGCCUCCAAUGCCAUGCUACUGGAGGAGGAAGAUUGUAAACUGUUGGACAAGAUCAAAGAAAUCCUCGCAAGUGUUGAAAGCAAAAUGCAGAGAGAGGUGCAGAGCAGUGCGACCGUGUCAGCUCUGAGUGUCUUACAGCGGCUUCCCAGCGUUGUGGAAGGAGGAUAUGGCUGCAAGAUACUCAUCGCCACAGCAAGCCUUCUUGAUCGAGCUGCUGUGUGGCCAGUCAUCAAGUUGAUGGCGCGUUCGCUUGAAGCGCAAGCUAUGCGCCUCAAGGAGCGUUCCGAAAGCUCGGCCAUGGCUUCCAACUGAACCGACGUGAGAUGACACUAUCGCUGAUUUUUGCGCCGUUUCUGCUUUUGGGGUUUCACAACACCCUGCGGUAUGGUUACGUGUCAUGAC